CUGUUUUAAAAUUUAAAAAAAAAAAAAAAAAAAAAAAAAAAAAAAAAAAGCCAUAGAGAGUGAACUUGCUGAGGGUCCUCUGUUGCCCAAGUUUACAAUGGUAGUCAUAGGAGUUUUCGCAGAUUGAAUUUGCCUCGGAUUUAUUUGUCCUGAUGCUUCUCUUUGCACAAGUAUAUAAACUAUGGUACAGAGUAUCAUUUUUUUUGUUGUUGGAAAUCCUGCUCUUGCUGAACUGUCUUGGCCAUUGACUAUGACACAGUUUCUUAUUUAUGUAAAUACUUGCAUCCCCGUGGCCAGCAGGCAGGGGUGCAGAAUCUAGAGCCAGUCUCCAGGAACAACUGCAGACCUGACAUGGUACUGUGCAUCCAUUCAUAAAACACUUAAAACUGUGAAAAUAUGGUUUACAUUCAAAUGUACAUAAAGGUAGAUGGAGAACUCGAUUCAACCAGUUAGCUUGUACAUUCUAGGGGGCUUUUCACAUUAACUGCCCGUCUCUGUCAUUUAGAGUUUGACAUGAUAACUUGUAUUUAAGGAAUUAGGUAGUGUAUAAUCCGUUGAGGAUCUGGGGGAGGAGGAGCUUAACGUAGAACUAAGCUUGUAAGGUUUGUUUUGUUUUUACUCUGGUCUUGGUGCAAAUGUUAGUUAUGCCUUAUUCAUACCACAGUUAGAGCACCGUGCUGUGACAUGGUUACAUCCAUGCUGCCCUAGCCCUUUUAUAAUUAUUUGUUGCAGAUUUGUGACUGUCUCUAUUAACUUUCUUUUAUGUAAGUAAUUUGUACAAGUUUCUUAAAAUUUUUGCUUUUGCUUAUUUAAUUUUGAAUAAAAGCUAAAUUCCUAAUACUUUUCCCCCUUAAAUUGUAAAGUGACGUCAAAAAAAGAAAAGGUCAAUACAGGGACCAAGCUAUAUAUUAUAUAUAGUAUAGAGCACAUGUGUUUGGUUUCCAGUCUUGUGACAUGAGGCUUAAGUUAUGGAUUUUUUGGGGGGAGGUAGGGGUUGGGGUGGUGUUUUUUGAGACCCACUGUGUAGACAGUAGCCUUGAACUCACAAAGAUCCAAUUGCCUCUGUCUCCUGAGUGUCAGGAUUAAAGGUGUCUGCCACCCCACCCAAUAAGCUGUGGUUUUCAAACACUUUAUAAACAAAGAAUGUGGGGUCUUGAGGCUUCAGGUCCACCAAACAUGUCUAAAGCAUUGGUUUUUAAGUUUUAAAAAAACCCACAUUCCUUUAGGAUAAAGACAUUCUUCUUUUUAAAUACACUAAAAAUUAUGUCUUGUCACUAGUGAAUUUAAAAUUUAAAGAUAAAAUUCUGCAGACAUUCUGCAGACAUUCUUCUCCUUCAAGACUCAUCUUUGUUGUACACACUUGACCAUUUCUGUCUCCAGUUUCUUAAGAUUUCCUGGAUACUGUUUUGGUUUUGUCUGCAGACCAGAUUUCACUGUGGCCCAGGCUGGCUUCAGAGCUGCUGCUCUCCUGCCUCAGACCCCAACUGCUGUAAUUCCAGGCACACACCACCAUGCCCACAAAAUCCCUCCUUCAGGACUGGCUGCAGCUGUUCCGAAAAGACAAGAAGACCCCACUCAGACCCACAGUUAGCCUGGGGACAACCAUCCACAGCAUCUGUUGAUACAGAUCUACCCCUCAGAGACUCUGGAGGCUGAAGCAGGAAGAUACUGAGGUUAGGUCAGUGUGGGCAACUUAGCCUCUGUGUGAAAAUUAGCAUGUGGCAGGCCCUGGCUCUGUUCUCUGCCACCAUUAACCAAAAAAAAAAAGUGUUUAUAGAAAGAAGCCAAUGAGUGGAUGGUAAAUUCCCAGUACUACCUUAGUACUUUUACCAUUACUAGUACUUUAUCAAUAGCUUUGAAUUGUUAAACUUUCUUGUAAUUAAAAAUACUGCUAAGUGCCUAUUAAAAUGGGAAUGUGUGUAAAGGAUUUACCUAUAGUUUCUCAAGAUACCAGAUGGUGAAAGUAGUCCCCUGGUAGUGAAUCCACAUGUUUAAUGUAUUCAUGUGUGCUACCUAUGAAGAUGGGCUUUGAGUGGUUUCACAUACACACCAGUGGAAGUGUAUGAGCCUUGUAUAUCAUUUACUCUGAUUUUGUGGCAGAUGUUUUAUAGCAGUUUAUAGAUUUUUUUAUAAGUCUGAGUUUUUCUUAUUGUGCAUUCUAUAUGUCUUAUCAAAAAGGAAAGCAAAGAAUCAAGUUGUUUAACUUACCACUUUAGGUACUUAUGUCCCAUCAUAGGUGCAAUAUUUUUAGCUAGAGAAGUAUCUAAUUUGCAACUUUAUGCGGCUGUCUGCAUGUCUAAUUCUUCUACAUCUGACUCAGAUGCUUUAGGGAGGGGGACUGUGAACCCCACAGCACUUCUUGUACUUUCCUUCUGAUACUUUCAGGAGUAACUAAGAUCAUUCCCAAAUCCCACUGAGGGCUCUCCAGCUACACCAGCAGUUCAGACAGGUUUAAAAGGGUCAAAGACCGACCACUAAACAGAGCUUAAAAAGUACUAAACACUGACUGAGGUGACAGUCAUCUGUGAUCUCAUCGCUCAAGAUCACAAGUUCAAGGACAACCUGGGCUACAUAAUGAGACUUGUUCUAGAUGGGAAAAGAAAGUUCCAGCCAAGGAAGAAGAUUAUGGGAUGAGCAAAUCACUGCCUUGUCCCCAUAUUCAAAUAAUAAUGCAAAGGAAAGCAAUGAAGAUUUCAUUAUCUGAUCAGAGCCUCAGGAAUUGGCAGGUGCUUUUGAGAACAUCUCAGGUCUAAGUGAAAGCUGGCAUGUUAGGCCAAAGGAGAAUGGCGUAGGCCAAGUGUAGAUAGCUCAGGGAACACCCCACACUGUACCCCAAACUCAGAGACCAUCUUGGCAAACUCAGGGAGGGUGGAUGUGAAUUUGAACUUGUCCACCAUCCCAGCUGUGCUGUAGACAGAAACAGCAGAUGUUCUCGGGCCAAAGUAUUGAAUAUGAGUGUUGGGCCAGAAAGAUUCACCAUACCUUACAAGUCUACUGAUCUCCUAUGGGAUCAAGAACCUUUACUCAGAGACAAGAUUCCUCACAUUGGGAAGUAUGUUCCCAGAUGUUCCACAGUCAACAUAGCUAGGCUACCUUCACUGGACCACUAACCCCAAAUUAUUUAUCUCAAACAACAAAGAUGAGUAGACAAGGAAAUCCUAGAUAUUUAAAGACAAUGAAGAAGACAGCAAUAUGCCAGGAUCAGGGGGUGUCUCAAUCCUCCCAAAGAUGGGUGAACCACGAAAGUUUGUCGGUCUCUGCCACCAUUAAGAACUUCAGUAACAUUCACCCAAUGAAUUAAUCAUCAAAGUGAAGUCUGUCACUGAGCCAAAUAGAAGACUGAGUGCAGAUAAUGACUCAGUGGAGGAUGGAGCUAAAGCCUUUCCCAUAGCAUGAUGUAUAUCAGGAGAAUAGGAGUGUGAAGGAUAACAGACAUGAAUAAUCGAUAGAAAAAAAAUUAACAUCUGGCCAGCUUAGUAGAAGGAAAGAAAUAAGUGGCUUUCCAUCCAUGUUGAGACUAUUGCAACAUUAUGUAUGCAUUCUUAGGGACCAGAUCCAUCCAUCCAUAUAGUAAACUAAAUACUACAUAUACAGCUAGACUGAAGAGAAACAAUAGGGAACAUCACCAGCAUUGACCAAUGGCCUAGAACACCAAUUUAAGAAUAUGAGUUUUCUGUAUAAGCCAAUAUUAAUACAACAGUAUUUCAAAAUUGUUAGGGUUGGCCUUUUUCCUCUCUGGCCAGCUGAAGGCAAGAUGGGUCACCAGCAGCUCUACUGGAGUCACCCACAGAAGUUUGGCCAGGACUCUCGCUCUUGGCAAGUCUGCUCUAACCACCACGGUCUGAUCCGAAAAUAUGGGCUGAACAUGUGCCGUCAGUGUUUACAUCAGUAUGCGAAGGACAUAGGCUUCAUUAAGUUGGACUAAGCAACCUUGAAUGGAUUAUUCAAGACUGUCUACUCAGCGAAACAGAUCGUGCUAGUCUUUGUACAUAAAGAAUAAACAAAUGGAGACCUUCAAAAAAAAUUAUUAGGGUUGGCAAGACAGCCCAGCAAAGGCACUAGCCACCAAGUUUGCUGGCCUGAGUCCAAUCCCCAGAACCUGAAAGUCAGAAGGAGAGAAUUGACUCCCAUAAGUUAUCUUCUGACUGCCACAUGUCUGCUGUGACACAUGCACACUCACACUUAAACACAGUUAUACAUAAGUAUACAUUAAAAAAUAUGCUGCUUCUUUGCAGCAAUAGUAGCCAUAACUAAGACAGGGAGCAUCAUGAAAUUAGCUCUCAGAAAAGUCCUGUAAGGAAGGUGUUCAUAUACAUACAGGCAGAAGUGUUGAGUAUAGUGACUAACUGCUUGAGGAUUGUGGAACUGCCAUGUGGUCAGAGCAACUUUGAAUCCAGGCAGCCUCAAUCUACCUUGCAACCUUAUCAAGUAAUCUGAGACCAAAGAGUGAAGAUUCUAAAAGUGAUUGCUGGCAGAGGCUUUACACGUGAAGGUGCAUUUUCCAAUUAUGGAAUUACGAUAUGUUUAUGAAUACUAUUGUGAAAUGCUCAAGUCAGAUUCAGCCCUGUAUUUUGGGAAGCAGGGUAAAUUGAUAAAUCUUUUGAGACAGUGAUAGUUCAUAAAUGUAUGAAGAUCAUUAAAGUGUUCAUACUCUAGAGCCAAUAGAAUUUGGGAGGUGUUCAAGUAAUUUAACAAUAAAUAAAGCCACAUGCGUGAUAGGCGGAAUAUUUUUCAACGGCUCUAGAACAGCAAGGACAGAAAUAACUAGCACAAUUUAAACAGCAAGGAGAAACUUAAGUAGUAUUCAAUCAUUAAGAUACUCAAGGGACUGAUGUAUGAAAAUGUGUGAUUCACUUUUGUUAUUAUACUGUGGUUACCCUGCAGCAUGUAACACAUAGACAUUAGAAGACGGGAUGUAAAAACAAAGUGUAGGAAUCUAUUCUUGUGUAAUAUGACUUUUCUAUGGACAGCCUGGCCUUAUGAAGAUAAUUGGGAUCUAAGAGGGUGACCAUUGUGUCUGAGUCUGCAUUGUGGUCACUAAUAAGUUCGCUGUAGUUGAGGUACAUAAGAACUAGAUGGCUAAGAACGGAAUGCCCAUAUGCUUGUAACAGUGACUUGGUGUCUUCUUGCUAUAGCUCACUAAUAGGAAAUACAAAGAGAAGUCAGUAUGAAGACAUUAUAGCAACAAGGAUGCUAAACUGUAGAGAACAGAACAUUCUUGCAGUUAAAAUGUAGAUGAUGGACAGAAGGUAGCAAAUAAAAUGAACUGACUUUACAAACUAAUUAUUAUCAGAGCCACGGACUGUGGAAGAGUCUAACCUUUUGUUUUGUUUUGUUUUGUUUUGAGACAGGGUUUCUCUGUGUAGCCCUGGAUGUUCUGGAACUCACUCUGUAGACCAGGCUGGCUUUGAACUCAGAGAUCCGUCUGCCUCUGUCUCUCAAGUGUUGGGAUUAAAGGCAUGCACCACCACUGCUUGAUGAAUACAGUAACUCUGAAGUGGCUGUAUAUCAGAGGAUGUCACUUCCUGUGGCAGGAAAGGUAGUAAGGAUGAGGCUUCACUCCCAUAUUCACCUUUUCAAAAUAGGAGUUGGAAACAAAAAAUGUAAAUCCUCAAAAGGAACAGCAGUCACUGAAACAAGAGGCAGCCAUGAUUGCUAUAAGGAGGUCUACCAGAUGGAGCUCUGGAGACAGUUCCUUUGAACAUUAAGCAGGUGUGUGCUGUAGGGCAGGAAUACAAAGGAACCAAAUAUAAACAAAGUGACACAUAUAAUCUGGGUUUAAAGGGAGGGAAUCUUGACGUUGAUCUACACCACUUAACUCUUCUUAGAAACCACUGGGAAAGUCAAGUAUUUACCCUCACAGAUAAGACAGAAGAGCAUACUUUCAAUAAUUAUUAUGCAGUGCAACCUCAGCUUUCGUUUUCAAGACAUCCAAGGAACUGUUCCUGCUCUGGGCCUAAUCUACAGCAGUUACUGAAGUCCCCAUAGAUAAGUGAGCUCUAUCUAGAGUUGGAUAAAGAGGAGUGGAUAGAUUAGAGUUUGCAACUCGAGUUUUGCUUUUUGCUUACAUGUCUCAAAACAAGUCUUGCUGUCUUAGGAAUCUGUAGUCAGGAUGCAAAAUAGUGAUAUUUCAUACUGUUGCCUUAGAGAUAAUGUUGAAAUGAUGAUUUUGUCCACACAAGAGAUUAUAGGUAGCAUAAACCUUGUUUGUGUGAAGAUUUAUUGCCAGAUUUUACAUACUGUAUGUAUAUAGCAGGAUAAUUAAUAGAAAUGUUUGUAUUCUUCACUACUAAGUUGUUGUACACCCAUGAUUUGUGUAGUCACUAUUAAGAUUUCUGGAAGAAGAAGGAGGGGGAGACCAGGUGGAGAUGGUACAUCCCUUUAACCCCAGCACUUUGGAGCCAGAUGCAGGUGGAUCUCUAGAUUCCAGGUCAGCCUGGUCUACAGAGUGAGUUUCAGGACAGCCACAGCUAUACAGAGAAACCCUGUCUGGAAAAACAAACACCACCAUCACCAUCAUCAUCAUCAUCAUCAUCAUCUAAGCAAUUGAAGGAUGUAGGCGAAGGUUUAGAAUGAUGAGAGAAGCAAGGGCUUGAGAUUAGUUCCAACGAAAAUGUUUCUGAGAUCUGUGGUUUGUAGGAGAAUGUGGGGACCCUUUGUGUCAUACACGGACAUUUCUUGAUUAACAAGAUCUUAGUGAGAGGAGGCUGAGAGAUGUAACUGAGAAGAUGGAGACCAUAGGCUGCAGUAUUCCAGUGUGUUUCAUGUGCCCCACGCCACAAGAAUAGUAUAAAAGCAACAGACUCCCUGGCCCUGUGAUUAACUUGUUUAUUGAGAUGUGAAUAGCCACUUGUAAACAAAAGUUUUAUUACAUUGGAACCCCCAUCCAGCAGGGGGAGAGGGUGAGUAUGAGAAUGACAGUCAUCACAAGUCAUAUGUGUGGAAGUCAAAAAUCAACUUGUUAGUCUGUUCCCUUCCUCCACCAAGUGGAACUCCAAGAUUAAACUCAGGUCUCAAGGCUUGGCAAGUAUCUUUACCUGCUCACCCAUCUACUACUCCUGAAGUAUUGAUGUUUGUUUUGUCUUUUGAAGGAAAGAAGUGUUUGCAUUGGCUCAUAGCAAAUUCACACAGAUCUCCUGGUGGGGAAGGCAUAGUAGCAGAGUCUAGUCUAUAUCACCAAGAAGAAAAUGGGAGUACCAAAGACUUGACUGACUGACUGAUUGAUUGAUUUAUAUUAAGUGCUAAGGACUGAACCUAGGGCUUUAUAGACUAAAUAUAGUCUCUGCUACUGAGAGCUGCCUUUUCCUUAAAGACCUGGAUUUUAGAAACCUAACAACUUUGUGGUGGGAGAAGGAAAACUUUUAUAAAAUGAUAGAAGUUGAUUUUCCCCUAACAAUCCCACCACAGUGUAAAUUCAGAAUCAGUGUUUGAUGUUUUAUUAAGAUGAAAAAAUAGCAGUGUUUGGUUCACAUCUUGAAUUUGGGACCUGAGGCUCAGAUCUUCAGGAGCCAAGAAAAGCAGAUA